AUGGCGCGCGGAAGAGUGAUCAUGGCCUGUGCGGCGCUGGCCUGCACAUUGGUCAGCAUGAAGUCUGCCUUCACUCCAUCCCUGCCGGGCAACAUGGGCAUGGCCACUGCUGGUCGAGGGAUGGAAGCAAAGCAGCGCACGCUCACGCAGCGAAAUGCUGACGGCUCAAUGCUGAAGCCAUUUGGCCCAGUUGUGACCUAUGCCAAGGCACUCAUGGAUGCAGCCCGUGAGAAAGACGAAGAUGUCGCUGUCACAGAGGAUGUGCUGAUGAUCAAGGACAAGUUCAAGGAGGAGGAGUGGCUGGACAAGCUGGGGACUGUGCAGAAUGAUCCUUACCUAACUGAAGUGCAGAAGGCCAACAAGAUCGUGGACCUCUUGAAGCCCUUGAAGUCCACUGUGAUGCCCAAGUUCAUCGUCUUUUUGGCCAAGAAGAAUCGAUUGAACGGUAUCAAGGUGAUCAUGUUUGAAUACGUGCAGAGCAUGUACUACCUCCAAUCCAUCACUCCUGUGCGAGUGACUUCCGCACAGCGCUUGACAGAGGAUCAGCUGGCAAAGAUCAAGGAGAAGAUGAAGAGCAAAUGUGGCACCAGAGACGUGAAGUUGGUGGCAGAAGUGGACCCCAACCUCAUUGGCGGCCUGACCCUGGAGUGGGGUUACACCGAUCCAGUUCAACUCUACGCUCCUACUCACGGCGUGGACCUCUCACUCAAGAACAUUCUCAACAAGAGGGCCCUUCAGAAGGGCGUGGUUCCAUGUGUCAAGUUGGACGGCUUCACCUUGCCAGCCACGGAGCCAGCCCAGUUGCUGAUCCGUGAUGGUGAUGUGCUGGCUCUAGAGUGGAAGGAUGUCUUCCAGAUGAGCACCUCCAAGUCCUCUGGUGGCUAUGCCCGGGGCGACCUGGCGGCCCGGCGGCGCCUGGAAGGGGCCGCGCGACGCGCAGGGCUGGCGGAUCUGCCGGAGGUGCUUCUGGGGGAUGAGCCGCAACUCUUUGAUGACCAGUUGCUGGGUGGUUGGCCCAAAGCCGUGGCUGCCUGGACCGCAAUGCGACAGCAGCUGAUACCCCGGGCGAAGGUGGCGAAGGUCGUCUUGGUGAAGGCCGUUGGAUGCCUUUCCUGCGGCCUCCAGAUCUACCCAACCUGGGGCAACUCCUGGUCGCGGCAGAG